GAGCCUUGGGACAGCUUCGUGCAGGCGGUGCGGGCCUACGACCCGGCCACGCUGUGCGGCCUGGUGUGGACGGCCAACUUCGUGGCCUACCGGUGCCGGACGUGCGGCAUCUCGCCCUGCAUGAGCCUGUGCGCCGAGUGCUUCCACCAAGGCGAGCACGCCGGACACGACUACAACAUGUUCCGGAGCCAGGCCGGCGGAGCCUGCGACUGCGGGGACGGCAACGUCAUGCGGGAGGCCGGGUUUUGCAAAAGGCAUCGGAUAAAAUCAAGCUCAGAAGUUCCGUCUGUUCCAAAAGAUCUGUUGAUAAUGUCAGAACUAGUUCUUCCACAAUUCAUCUUCUGUCUUAUUCAGUACUUACGGGAAGGCUAUGACGAACCAGUUCUAGAUGUUCCAUCAGAAAAAGACCUUCACAAAGUCCUUCAGAUAUUGGAAUCCCACAUUUCAUUUCUGGAAGAUCUGACAAAAAUGGGAGGAGCGAUGCGUUCAGUCCUUACUCAGGUUUUGACAAAUCAGCAGUUCUAUAAAGAUCUUAGCUCUGGUGGUGCAGAAAAUGCAUGUGCGAAGAAAAGCCACGAGAAAUAUCUUGUAGCUCUGAAGGGUUCCGGACUCACAUUUCCCGAAGACAAGGCUGCAUGUGGAGUGCAGGAGCAAGCAGCUGGGGGAGCAAGCUCUUCAGUAGUUCAAGGUUUUGCAGAUGCUACGCCAGCUUCAGGGCAAGGUGACUCUUCAGAUGAGGAGGACCAGGAUGGUGGCCAAGGUGUGGGAAAACGCAAGAGGGUAAAACUAAGCAGCAGCACCAAAGAUCAAUCCAUUAUGGAUGUUUUAAAGCAUAAAUGUUUUCUAGAAGAAUUAUUAUUUUGGACAAUAAAAUAUGAAUUCCCCCAGAAGAUGGUAACUUUCUUACUCAACAUGCUUCCAGAUCAGGAUUAUAAGAUUGCUUUUACUAAAACUUUUGUGCAGCAUUAUGCUUUUAUUAUGAAAACCCUGAAGAAAAGCCAUGAAUCGGAUACCAUGUCUAACAGAAUAGUACAUAUUAGUGUCCAGUUGUUCAGCAAUGAGGAACUGGCACGUCAAGUGACAGAGGAAUGUCAGCUGCUUGAUAUUAUGGUUACUGUCCUACUGUACAUGAUGGAGAGUUGCCUUAUUAAAAGUGAGCUGCAAGAUGAGGAAAACAGUUUGCAUGUAGUAGUGAACUGUGGGGAAGCUCUACUCAAGAACAACACCUACUGGCCACUUGUCAGCGACUUUAUAAAUAUCCUUUCACACCAGAGCGUGGCUAAGAAAUUCUUGGAAGAUCACAGGCUAUUAGUAACAUGGAUGAACUUUGUAUCGUUUUUCCAAGGAAUGAAUUUAAACAAGAGAGAACUUAAUGAGCAUGUUGAGUUUGAAUCUCAGACCUACUACGCUGCUUUUGCCGCUGAGCUUGAGGCCUGUGCCCAGCCAAUGUGGGGGCUACUAUCACACUGCAAAGUCAGGGAGACACAGGAAUACACACGAAACGUUGUUAGAUACUGCCUAGAAGCACUUCAGGAUUGGUUUGAUGCUAUCAACUUUGUGGAUGAGCCUACUCCUAAUCAGGUUACUUUUCAUCUGCCGCUGCAUCGUUAUUAUGCUAUGUUUCUAAGUAAGGCUGUUAAACGCCAAGAAUUAGAUCUCGAUUCCCUCCUUCCAGACCAGGAGAUGUUGAUGAAGCUCAUGGUUCACCCACUUCAGAUUCAGGCAAGCCUCUCUGAAAUCCAUAGUAAUAUGUGGGUAAGGAAUGGCCUGCAGAUUAAAGGACAAGCCAUGACUUAUGUGCAGUCCCACUUCUGCAAUUCCAUGAUUGAUCCUGACAUUUAUCUGUUACAGGUCUGCGCUUCAAGACUUGACCCAGAUUAUUUCAUUUCCUCAGUUUUUGAAAGGUUCAAGGUGGUUGACCUCUUAACAAUGGCUUCCCAACACCAGAAUACAGUGCUAGAUUCAGAGCAUGAGAGAUCGAUGCUAGAAGGCGCCUUAACAUUUCUUGUCAUUCUUUUAAGUCUCCGUUUACACUUGGGAAUGACUGAUGAUGAGAUUCUUCGGGCAGAGAUGGUAGCUCAGCUCUGCAUGAAUGACAGGACUCAUAGUUCUCUACUGGACCUCAUUCCAGAAAACCCAAAUCCAAAAAGUGGCAUUAUUCCUGGAAGUUUAAGCUUUGAAUCAAUGCUGUCAGCUGUAGCUGAUUUUAAGGCUCCUGUGUUUGAACCUGGGGGCUCUAUGCAGCAGGGAAUGUAUACACCUAAAGCUGAAGUCUGGGAUAAGGAGUUUGACCCGGUCAUGGUAAUUCUCCGAACUGUUUACCGUAGAGAUGUGCAAUCUGCGAUGGACAGAUAUACAGCAUUCUUAAAACAAAGUGGGAAAGUGCAUGGAAACCCCUGGCCUCCUUACAAGAAACGAACACAUUUACACCCAAGCUACAAAGGACUCAUGAGGCUCUUGCACUGCAAAACUUUACACAUUGUGUUAUUCACUCUGCUCUACAAGAUAUUAAUGGAUCAUCAAAAUCUGUCAGAACAUGUCCUUUGCAUGGUUUUAUAUUUGAUUGAGUUGGGACUAGAGAACUCAUCCGAGCAGGAAUCUGAGGAAGAAGAUUCCAUGGGAGGACAAGAGCGCUGCCACGAUAGUUGGUUCCCAGGGAAUAACUUGGUGUCUAACAUGCGCCACUUCAUUAAUUACGUGCGCGUCAGAGUCCCAGAGACGGCGCCAGAGGUGAAAAGAGAACCACCUGCAAGUACGAGCGCCGAUGGCUCAGCGGCUUCUCAGAAUUCAGGAACAGCACAAGUGUUCAGUCUGGUUGCAGAGCGCAGAAAGAAGUUUCAGGAAAUCAUCAAUCGGAAUACUACUGAGGCCAAUCAGGCUGUUCGACCCAAGACUUCAAUGAAAUGGUCUGCUCCAGGUGCAACUCCCCAGCUGACAACAGCUAUCUUGGAAAUCAAAGAGAGCAUAUUGUCUUUGCUAGUGAAGCUUCACCAUAAACUGUCAGGGAAGCAGAACUCUUAUUACCCACCCUGGCUGGAUGACAUGGAAACGUUAAUUCAGUGCGAAAACCCUAAGUACUUACAUGGGGAUGGAAUGACUGCAGUGGAAAGGAUUUUAUUGAAAGCUGCACUUCAAAGCAGAUUGAACAAACGUAUCAUUGAAGAAAUAUGUAGAAAAGUGACUCCACCUGUACCACCAAAAAAGAUUAGUCCAGCAGAGAAGAAAAUUUUGGACAAAGAAGAAAGGCGACAGAAGGCCAGGGAGAGGCAACAAAAGUUGUUGGCUGAAUUUGCAUCAAGGCAGAAAAGCUUUAUGGAAACCGCCAUGGAUGUUGAGUCACCAGAUGCAGAAAUUGCUAUGGAGAUAGCAACAGCAGAACAGCAUGUCCCCGAAGCUGUGUAUGAUUGUGUUAUUUGUGGACAGAGCGGCCCUUCCACUGAGGAGCGACCGGCUGGAUUAGUUGUGCUCUUACAGGCCUCUUCAGUUUUGGGGCAAUGCCGCAAUACUACUGAGCCCAAGAAGCUGCCAACCUCUGAAAAGGAGCAGAUUUAUCCUUGGGAUACUUGUGCGGCAGUGUACGAAGCCCGCCUCGCCACUUUACAGCACUUCUUUAAAGAUAGUUCCUGUCUGCAAUCGGUAUCAAUUGGCUGGGAAGGAGGCGUGUAUGUACAAACCUGUGGCCACACGUUACACAUAGAUUGCCAUAAAUCCUACAUGGAAUCAUUGCGGAACGACCAGGUUCUCCAGGGCUUUUCAGUGGACAAAGGAGAAUUUACUUGUCCUCUGUGCAGGCAGUUUGCUAACAGCGUUCUUCCAUGUUAUCCUGGCAACAGUGUGGAGAGGAGCCUUUGGCAAUGUCACAGUAACAAGAAUAUGCAAGAUCUCAUAAAGGAGGUGGAAGAUCUUCAAGAGCAGCUGGGAACUUUCCCAGUAAGCAUCAGUUCAGAAACCAAUUUAAGUAAAGAAAUGGAGUCUGUGAUGAAGGAUAUCAAAAGUACUACCCAGAAGAAAUAUACUGACUAUAGCAAGACUCCUGGAUCACCAGACAAUGACUUUCUUUUCAUGUAUUCUGUAGCCAGGACCAACUUGGAACUUGAACUGGUUCACCGGGGAGGCAAUCUGUGUCUAGGAGGUGCAAGCACUGCUGGGAAGAGAUCGUGUUUACGUAUGUAUAAAGUUGUCUCAAUGUAAUUCAGAUUGAUUUAAAUAUUUAUUUUUUAUUUA